UGCGCGCGCUGGAUCUGGCGCGAGCUGGUCCAGCACCGCGGCGGCGACAGCGGUCGCACGUUAAACAUCAGCCACCCAUGCGUGUUAUUCUGCGGACUGGGGACUCGUGAGAUUUGAGCUGUGCGGGCUUGACCCGACAGAUGGGAGGGCGCUCGAGCUCCACCGUUUUCACGCACGGCACGCACGUCGACCCGGUGAAAUCGUCACGCUGAUAGAAUCUGUGGAAUCUGUCGCGAGUGUUCCUGCGCGCGCGGUCGGAGAGCAUCCCGACAGAGAGCGAGGUCCGGUCGGUCGGUCUGUAGUCGGUGUGGGUCCGCGGAAGGCUUUAGCGUGCAGGGGAGCUGCAGAGGGACUUGCGCUGGACUCCUUGGCCGAAUCAGAGCAUCCCAUUCCCGGCAGCAUCCAUCCCUCCGCGCCUCAGCUCCAGCGGGAGGCCGGGAGCGGCGGCAGGAUGUAGCAGCGGAUUAACGGAGGAGAGAGGGGCGCUCAGAGGAAGAGAGCGGGACCGAGGCGGGACGGAGGGGACAUGGGGAAGGACCAGGAGCUGCUCCAGGCCGUGAAGACCGAAGACCUGCUGACAGCUCAGCGGCUUCUACAGAGACCACGGCCAGGGAAAGCCAAGCUUCUCGGAGCAGCAAAGCGGGUGAACGUCAACAUCCAGGAUGCAGAUGGGCUGUCGCCGUUGCAUCAUGCUGCUCUGAGUGGCAACAAGGAGAUGAUCUCUCUGCUGUUGGAGGCCCAGGCAGCAGUGGAUAUCAAAGACCAUAAAGGAAUGCGUCCCCUGCAUUAUGCUGCAUGGCAGGGGAAGACUGAGCCUAUGAAAAUGCUGCUGAAGGCAGGCUCGUCAGUCAACGGACAGUCAGAUGAAGGACAGAUCCCGCUCCACCUGUCAGCUCAGCAUGGACACUAUGAUGGGUCGGAGAUGUUGCUGCAGCACCAGUCCAACCCGUGCAUCUCAGACACAGCUGGGAAAACUCCACUGGACCUCGCUUGCGAAUUUGGACGUGUUGGAGUGGUCCAGCUCCUGCUCAGCAGUAACAUGUGUGCAGCCAUGCUGGAACCAAAACCCUCCGACCCCAACGGAGUGUCACCUUUGCAUCUGGCUGCCAAGAACGGACACAUCGAAGUGAUACGGUUGCUGAUUCAGGCUGGAAUAGAUAUCAACAGACAGUCCGAGUCUGGCACAGCACUACAUCAGGCUGCCCUCUGUGGGAAGACGGAGGUAGUACGCCUGCUGCUGGAUAGCGGCAUCAGUGCAGGAGUGAGAAACACUCUGAGUCAGACUGCCCUGGACAUCGUUAACCAGUUCACUACCACGCAGGCCAGCCGGGAGAUCAAACAGUUACUGAGAGAUGCCUCAGCUGCAAUGCAGGUGCGAGCACUAAAGGAUUACUGCAACAACUAUGACCUUACCAGCCUCAACAUCAAAGCUGGCGACAUCAUCACGGUUUUAGAGCAGCACUCUGAUGGCCGAUGGAAAGGCUGUAUUCAUGACAACCGGACAGGAAAUGACCGUGUGGGCUACUUCCCCUCCAACAUGGUGGAAGUCAUCAAGAGGGCAGGUUCACGAGCUGCAGAGCUGAGUCCUCAGGGCUCUCCCACUUUGGGACAGCAGAGCAGCACCAGUGAGGACAUCUGGGUGCUGCGCAAACCGCUGGCAGGUGGCGAGCGCAGCGGCAGCGUCGGCAGCCUCGGCAGUGUUCGGUCAUCGAGCAGCUUGCAGGGCUCUGGAAACACGCAUGUUUUGACCACUCCUGCACCCAGUCCCCACCCCGCACCCACGCCAGGGGUCAACACCCACGGCCUUAAUGCUCCCGGCCUGCAUGCACAAGCAGAAGGAGUCAAGCUCCUGGCCACUGUGCUGUCUCAGUCGGUAAAAGCCAAGGAGCAUCUCUUGGAGCAGUCGCAGUCUGUGGAGCAGUCAGCAAGCUCUUCCAGCAGCACGGUUCACGAGCAGCGCUCGUUUGAACGGAAGGCCGAAGAGGAUGAUGGGAAAAAGCAGGCAGUAGUGGCGUGGCUGGGUGAGUUUCAGCUGCAGUUCUACACCACCCACUUCCUCACCGCGGGAUAUGAUCUAGACACCAUUAGCCGCAUGACCCCUGAGGAUCUGACGGCAAUUGGGGUCAUGAAGCCCGGACAUCGAAAGAAGUUAAUAUCAGAGAUCAGCAAGCUGCCCUCCACAGACUGGCUGCCCGACCACAAGCCUGCUAAUCUGGCAGACUGGCUGUCUCACCUGGGCCUUAGUCAGUACUACCAGGUACUCGUGCAGAAUGGUUAUGAGAACAUUGACUUUGUCUCGGACAUCAGCCUUGAAGAUCUGCGAGAGAUUGGCAUCACUAAGCUCGGUCAUCAGAAGAAGAUAAUGUUGGGAGUGAAGCGGCUGAAGGAGCUUCAGAGAGGAGAAAGUGGCUCCGAGCCUCCUCAGAGCCCCUCUACACCUCCAUCCAGCCCAGGCGGCAGCACUACAUCAGAGCUGCGGAAAGAGGCGAGGAAGCAGAGGGACGGGGUGCCCAGCCCUCGGGCCAAACCUCGCCCAGGUCUCGCACACACACAGACCCCUCCCCACACACCGACUCAAACCCCACCGCAAACGCCCCCGCACACUCGGACCCAGCAGGCUUCCCCCAGGGCUCGGCCGCGGCCAUCCACCCAGCAGUCGACAGCAGACUCGGCAGUACCUCUGCUGAGGCUGCCCAACGUGGAGGAAGAGCGACGGAGAACUCACAGUCUAAUUGGCUCGGAAUCAGACUCUAGAUAUGCCACCGUGUGCCGCAGCAGCUCUUCACAUACCGCUGCCGCUAAUGAUGUCACUGUUAACCGCAGCCAAUCAUCUGUUACCCUUCGCCCGCGUAGGAAAGGUCGGCCCCCAACACCUCCUAAACGGUCCUGUUCUUCCAUUACCGGGGGUGACGGGGAGGGCGAGGGGCAGGUGGAGGGACUGCUCGGGCUGCCAACCUAUCGAGAGCGGCGAGCUAGUGACUGCGGCAGCCUGGGAGCUGCUUUAAGGGCUCAGGAGUCAGCAGGCUUGGAGAGGUCAGACGGAGCUUCUGGGAGUGUUCGCAGCCUCGCGGCCAUGCUGGAAACAUCCAUCGUGAGUGGAACCAAAACGCUGCCGAAGAAUCUGGGAAGCAGCACGAACUACCUGCAGGUGCGUCGCCAGGCAGGCGCAGGAGGUCUCGGAUCUGAAGAAGAUGAUGUUUUAAAUCGCCGCAGGACCAUCAGUGGACCCGAAGGCCUCCCUGGAGAUCAGUCUGACCAAUUACCUCAGCAACCGGUCCCGCGACGCCCCGAGCCUCGGCCCCGCUCCACCGUGCUCACCUCAGCAUCAGAGAUCACAGACGGCACAGCGACGCUCCGGAGGAAGCCGCGUCCUGUGGCCGCGGACUCUGAAGCUCCUGCAUCUGUGUCUACCACGGUUGUUACCACGACUACUGGCUCUGACACCAUACGCAGGAGGCCACGCACGACUGAGCACACGGAGCAUCUCAUUCAAAGCAAUAACCAAUCAGAUUCUCCUAUCAGUCAAAUAGAUAGCUGCCGUAAAAUUGAAAGCGAGCCGCAGCAGAACGGCGGCGUGAUCCUGAGGCGGAGGCCGGUGUCUGAGAUCUCCGAGAGGACGGAGACCAACAAGGAGAGCUGUGAGUGGAUGGAAGCUAGGAAGUCUCUGAAGCCACCAGUUUCACCCAAACCAUCCACUGUCACCCUGAAGAAGCCGCAAGCUGACCCCCCGACUCCGACUCGUAGGGUCCCCAUACCCGGGCCUGACACUGCUGAGCUGGCCCAGAGCCCCGAGUCGAAGCGUGUCCCUCCCCCCGUGUCCCCGAAGCCGCGUGGGCCUCCGACAGCACCUAAACCUGGCAAAGCAAUAGUAGCUUCAGCAACCAUGAGCCCGAGCCCCGCCGCUACCAGCCCGGCUGCAGCCAGCCCCACCCCGGCCCCCAAACCCUCCUCUCCGCUCUCUGCCGCCCCUCUUCCAGCCCCCGACACCCCCUCCGCUCCCUGCCUCUCACCCGGGCUCCCUCUCACUUCCCCUUCUCCAGCCCAGAGUCCGUCCACUCCCUCACCGCACCCCGUCAAACCGCCACGCUCCUCGAUCACCGGUCUCUCCAUCGACCUGUUGGGCUUGCGGGAAGUGGAGGAGGAAGAGGAUAGGAGGCGAGAUGAAGAGGAAAGGAGGAGAGAGCGAGAGCACAGGAGGCACAAAGAGCAGGAAGAGGAGAGAAGCAGAGCCGAGGACGGGGCUUUGAAGGAGCUGGAGAGGAAGUCCUCAAAGAGCGACAGUGUGGAGAGUCGAGCAGGGGAAGGAGAGCAGGAGGGAGAGGUUCAGCAUCGGCUGGAGGAGACCAGCGCCUCUUUGGCUGCAGCUCUGGAGGCUGUGGAGCAUCAGAUCAAAGAGGAGGACACACAAAAUGACUCUCUCUCCGGAAAAAAAGCAACAGUCUCCAUCUUGGACGACAUUGGCAGCAUGUUUGACGACUUGGCAGACCAACUGGAUGCGAUGCUGGACUGAUCUGCUGCACGCAUCUCAUUUUCCUACAAGCCCUUUCCCUCGCCUCCCCCCUCAUCAUGCGUAGGUGUAAGAAAACUCUCCCGAGGCUCAGUGCCGGCGCAGAGAGUGUGUGUUCGAGCGUGCGCCCCCUCAUGCGUGCGUGAGCGCUUUCUCAUGUAGCCUUGUACAGUACUGACGAGGGGAGUGGGGGGGGUCCUCUUUGUCUGGUGCAGUAGCUCUAGUACGCCUCCUGGUGCAAGGAGGCCGCUCCCACACAACCUCUGACCUCUGCAGCUCAGCAUGUCACCGCCGCCGCCUCCGCUGCCACCCGGCCUCAGAUGGCUGUGUGAACCAUGAGAAGCACAAUCAUUUUCCUCAUCCUUUGAUCUCUACAGACUUGGACCGACAUGCUGACUCAGUCAGACAGGGAGACAGCAGAUAAGCAUAUUGCUUGCAAAAUAAGCACACUAUCCAUCUGGCAGGGAGAUAGCUAGAUAGCUAGAUACAUAGAUAGACAAGGUAGAUACUGAUGAGACGUCCAAGAAGAUUUAUAAAAGCACACGGGGAGAGAGGCGGGCCGCUUUCUGUGCCCGAUUCGCUCCUGCAGCGUCAAAAGGAUGCAUUUUUCCAGUCAACUCGUAGCCUCUAUUUCUCUUCUGUUCCAGUGGAGGAUUAUGGUUAGCCGGACUUCCUGACUCCCUGUGUGUCGUCUCUGUUCAUGUUGUUGUUGUUGUUGCUGCCGUUGCCGUUGUCGUCGUCGUGUGUAGUCCCUGCUGAUGCUCACGUCAGUGUCCUCCCUCUCGUACAGUAGUUGUUGUAAUGAUCAGAAAGAUGAUAUAGAUGUGUGUCCAUGAGUUUUGAGACACUCGCACGCACACACACAUGCACACACUUAUUACAUCUUGCUAGUCUUCAGCUUUGUUGGCGGUUAACUCCAGCUGCGGAGGUUUGCUUGAAAAUUAAUCUGCACACACACACACAUACACACACACACCACACCCAUGAACAUAUAUUAUAUAUAUAUAUAAAUAUUUACAAGCACACUCAUGCGGUAUAUCCCUUUGUCCUGCUGCAGUGAACAGUGUUUAUAAAAGAUAAACCUAUAUUUCAAUGCUUUAUAUAGUACAUCCAGUAUACAUACAUAGAGUUUAUAGUAUACCUGGGUAUUUGAGCUGUUAUGGCUCCCUCUAGUGUUGGUUAGUGAAACUGCCUCUAAUUGGCCCACCUUGAAUCUCGUCUCCCCCACUUUUUGUUUUUUUACAAUCUCCCUCUGUGUCUGGUUUGUUAACUCUACAUCUCUCUGUGCCUUCGUAGUGUUCUUCAUAUAUUCAGUUUUUUGGUUUGUUUGGUUUUUGUUCCAUACUUUAACAUAUUUAUUGGGGGUUUUUUGGGUUCCUUACAAGCCCUUUUGUGUCUGUGAUGUCUGAAUAGCUUCUAUAUACGACCUCUAAAAUUAGUCAGCUUGUCUACCCCAUUUAAAACCAGCCCAUGUAAGUCCCCCCGUAAGCUGUAAUAAGUUGGCUCCGCUCCUCCUUGAAUCCCUGGUUUUUAGUGGCCCACUCAGAGCCCCCCCCCCCUCAAACCCCCCCAGUGUUAGCCAGACAGUGGAUCAACCACCAGUGUUCAUCCCCCAAUGAAGAGUCCACUUGUAUUUUUAUGCUCUUUGAAAACAAAGAUGAUAUAUUUGAGAGACAGAUGGAUCUAUGUGAAUACUAUUAAUAAUAACAAUAACGAUAAUGGCUGUAGGCAUUGAGGUGAGCUUCUGGUCGAGUUCUGGAUGUGUUGUGACGGCUGUUGUGCCAUGUUGGUUGGGUUUAGGUUGUGUUUCUGCUGUGACGAUGCAUUCCUGUACAGCUGUGAUGAGAAUAAAUGUAAAAAAAAUAAAUAAACCGGAUGCUACUCUUU